CAAACGGGCGAAACCGUCUCCCAAUCGUACAGGUCAUUGGCGAACCUGUCGCGUAGAUAAGCGCACACCCGAAAAUGGGUGUAAGUGGCCUUUAAAGGUACAAUGUGCAGGUUGUGCAACUGCGCUUGAAUCGAAAGUUCAUUUUCGCGAAGCGAAACACCAAAUCUAGUACAUUGUCAAACAGCUGCGACAGUAACGAGAUAACAUAAAUUAGGAUGGAAUGCGCCGUCCCAAGUGCGAUUCAGCGAGUCCUGCUCCCGUGUAACAAGAAGAAGAAUGCUGGUGGAUGCUGGAGCUCCUCUUCUUGCUGAACUCAACAUAACUCUGCUCGGACCAUCGAAAGAGAAGGAAGAAGAAGAAGUAGCCAAGCGAAAACAAAAGAACAUUCGGAGGUGAACGAAAAGAAACCCCAAAACGAAACGGGCAAAGAUAUUGGGGGGAGAACCAUCGGUCAGGUCAGCAGCAUCCAGCAGGAGUGUGUGUGUGUGUGUGUUUGUGGGGGAAAGUAAUAAUAAACCCAGGGCCACGGCCAGGGAAGAAGAACUUGGUUUUUGAACGUAACAAAAAAACAGUCAGACAUACACGGGAGCAAAUGGUAUACCUUUUGGAGCAGCGCAGCGUUCAUCACUUUGCGCAGCGCAGCAUCUCAACGAGAGAAGAACGAGGAACAUAAAAUAAAAGAGCAAAAGCCAUUGGUGUGAGCUGGGAGUUCGCGCUGCCAUAGUUAAUCAUACUUUUGUCGUAAAGCUCGCUGGUCGUCAGCUUCGGCGCGGGAGAAAGGAAGAUGCUUUCGCGCAAAAGUAAGGACAAAUCCAUCCACAAGGAUGGGGUCGUGGGAAAGUACGUGAAGCGCGACACUCCACCGGAAAUUCCAAUCAUAAACGUACUGACGAAUAGCGACACGCAGGCUAGGAAUAAGCUUAGCAAAGGUAGGAGAAGUUCCCAGCAGGCGUUUGGUGUCAACAAUGGCGGACAGAACAAUAAUAUAUAUGUACCAGGGCCGCUCAUGCCCAACAAUAAUAUCAAUAACGUUCAAAAGUUUGGCAAUGUUAAGGUAUCGAUGGGUGGACUUGGCCACGAGGGCAAGUACACUCCAAGUAGCAAGAUACCGAAUCUAGCUCAGAAGUUUGUCAAUCUAUCGCUGCAGAGCGAUCAACCGAACAUUCUGAACCCGACAAACAGCGUGCUGAUGAUGGCAAAUAACAAAAAUCAGAUAUCCCAGCAGCAGCUUCAGCAGCCGAUGAUAAUGCCUUCGAAGCCAUCGAAUUUGAGUUUGGCAAACAACAUGACCGUAAAUCAGCACAUUAGCCCGAACAACAAUAGUCAUGGAAACUAUGUCGACAUCGAGACUAUAGAUCAGAUUUUGAUGCAACAAAGCGAAGCGGCCAACCAGUAUCGUAUUCAGCAGCAAAUGCAACAAGCUCAGCAACAACAUUUACACCAGCAGUAUCUGUCGAACUUUGAGCGCAAAUAUUCAUACAAUCAGCUGCACCAGCAUCACCAUCACCACAACAGUAACAGCAGUGUCGCUAGUAAUUUCCGGAAUGGGUUCGAGAACUACGGAAAUCUUUUGCGAAACAAUAGUCCAACAGGGAUGGCUGCUGCUUCCAGCGUAAACCUGGCCGUCACGGAACAACAACAAUCGCCAUUUGUACGGCAGUAUUCGGCGCGACAACAGCAGCAGCAGCAACAACAGCUUCAACCCACUGCCGUCAAGGAUCACUACCACAUCUAUGAAAAUCCGACCCAGAUCGCGCAGCAGCGCUCCGAAUCACCCAUCUACAGUAACACCAACUCAGCCACCAUCUAUCAUCAGCAGCAAAGCUACAACGCCGCCGCCGGAAGUAAUCAAUCCUCGCAUCAGUCGCUGUUCUCCAGUAGCAGCACGGCUAGCAACGUGGCCAGUGUGUCUUCGUCGAUCAACUUCCUGGCGACGCGUAGUCAGUCUCAGCAGCCGCCGCAGCCUCAACCCCUGUACUCCAACGUAGAUGUUAGCGGUAUGACCUACGGCGAGGCUCUCCUGCACAAUGCCCGUCAUGGGUCAUCCAGUGUGGCCUCCCAACAGCAGCAACAGCAACAACAACAACAACAGCAGCAGCAGCAGCAACAACAACAACAGUCGGACACUGGCAAUCCGUCCGCCGAAGAGGAACUUCCGUUGCCUCCCGGAUGGUCUGUCGACUACACGCUGCGUGGUCGCAAGUACUACAUUGACCACAACACCAAGACCACCCAUUGGUCACAUCCGCUGGAACGGGAGGGUUUGCCGACCGGCUGGGAGCGGCACGAGUCCGCCCAGCAUGGAACGUUCUACUACAAUUGCAUCACCGGUCAGGCUCAGGACAGCCACCCCUAUCUGACGUCGUGCUAUCUACAUCAUGCAACCCCGGUGGAGAUUCCACGCCCGCUGAUCGCCUCGCACACCCACUUUACGCCCCACAGUGCACUGGUUCCGGCCAAUCCGUACCUGCUCGAGGCCGUCCCCGAGUGGUUGGAGUUUUACGCGAAAUCAUCGCCGGAGAACGAUCACAAGCUCAAGUGGGACAUGUUCCAGCUGCAGCAGCUCGAGGGCAUCGCCGGCAUGCUGACCAAGCUGUUUCGCCAGGAGUGCCAGAUGAUCGUGUUCAAGUACGAGACGUUGCGGAUAGCGAUCCGCUCAAUGAUGGAAGAAAAGAAACGACUUGCCUACAGAACCACCAGCGAUUCAAAUGCCUGAACUCGACCUUAUGCUCUCCCUGCAACAGUAUCGCCGUGGAAGUCGACCCUCCAUAUUUAUGUUUACUGCUCGUUACUAGCUUAGUAUAUCAGUCUUUCGUACGAUAACGAGAUUAUUUAACCAUGCACAAUCACACUCCCAUACAAAUCACAUGUGCUACUUUUACUGCGAGUCGCAUUUUAAUUUGGCAGAAAAAGUGCCUUCACAUCCAGCAUUUUACUCAUCUUAUUUUAAUCUAACCAAUUCAUUCAAAGGUUUAUUAGUUUCGAAAAAUUGUGAUAUCCAACAGUUCCUUGGUAACACACUAGGAAAGUAUGCUACUAACAUAAGCAAACACAAAACGGUUACAGAACAUAUUUCGGAAUGUUACACAAAGAGUGGCACAAUACGCUCACACGGCACCGCUUCAUCAAUCGCUACAGAACCGGCCCCCCUUCCGAGGGGGAACAAGUGCCUUCGCUGAGAAAGGAAAAAAGAACAGUCUUGAAAAUUUA